UGCUGGAACUUCUGCGUCUUUAUUAGGAAAGUACAGACGGGGAAGCGCUGAGGAGAGUCGGUGCGUCUGCUUGUGCGCAAGCGUGAGCGUUCAGGUCUGGUGUAAUGACGGACGCAGCGCUAAAAAACGAGCCUGCUGAAAGUGCCAUACCUCCGACCUGCGAUCACAUCCCGACUGCGACUGCGAGCAUGUCUUCAGUCCUGGCUGCUCAUCACAUCCAACAAGCCAAGGAUCCCAAACAUGUGUUACUUUAUCCCAUCAGUGUAAAUAGUGGCGUAUCAGUAUUCAGAGACCACAAAGUCCCCCAAGGCAUGGAGGAAACAAGAAAAGCUACCGUUGCAAGAGGCUACAACGAAGCAGUCUCCACUUCAUCCGAGUUUACCCAUCAUGCUAUUGUGCACCUCAUUGAAGCAAUGCAUCAGUGCUGGGAUGUCUACGGCUCUCGCGAACGCUCCCGUCUCUUUCAGAACGUCCAGAGCCAACUGGAGACCCUUGGCCACUCGCUGCCUGUGGAGAAGAUCCGACGCAAGUGGAACAACCUUAUCGUAACGUAUAAGAGAGUCAAGGAGCGCAGUAGGUUGGGCAGAGGUCAGACCAAGACUUCGUGGGAAUACUUUGAGAUGAUGGACAAGGUGUUGGGCAAGACCAAAGUCAAUCAAAGAGACCCUGCUCCAGGUAACCUUGUUGGAUUUUCAAGCAAGCCCAAAGCAGCUGUUAGGUCUGAAGACCACCAAUCGCACAGCAUGUCAAUCGCUGCAGUCCCUACCCCCUGUCUGCUCCCCAGUAGCCUCUUCACCACAUCUUCCCAGAUUCCCACACUGGUCACACCAGCAGUACUGUGUAACACACCUAUAAAACCGAACCCAAGCCCCUCGUGCAGCACCGACAGCCCCAGACCCACCGUUUCCCCCAAACCACCAGCACCAGUCAGGGUCACGAGGCAGCCCCUGAAACGCAGAUUCCGGCCCCUUCAGCUGGGCUCGGUAGCGUCCCGUAUCGCCCAGCAUCAAGGGCAGGCGGGCGAGCGCACCGUCCUCCUACGGAACUUCAUCUCCAGUCACGAGGAGCAGGCACGCCUCGACGAGCAGCGGAACCGCAAGAAGGACGCACGCGAGCGCCGCCAGGAAAGGACACUGGGAAAUAUGGCCGAAGCACUGGGAAAAAUGGCGACAGCCCUGGAGCUAAUCUCAUCCAAGCAGGACACCAUUAUCGCACUGCUUCAGAGGCUGGCAGAUAAACACUGAGGAUAAAAAAUGGUCGUUUUUGUGCUUUUGUUAUUAGUGUUUAUAAGCGGUGUUAAAUAAAUAUGAUUGAUACAAUGAUGGUGAUUACUAAAAUUACAUUAGAUUAAGUAAUGAUUAAUCAUGUAUAUUUUUA